AUGAGUUUGGGAGGUCAGAACUCUGAGGGCUCAAAUGCAGGCUCCAUAUAUGUGCAGUUUAACCAGGAUUGCACGUCUCUAGUGGCGGGCAGCAGCAGUGGGUACCACCUGUUUGCACUCACCCCUGAUGAUGGCAUUGAGGAAAUCUACGCCAGUCGUUCUGGCCUGGAAACUUGCCUCGUCGACCGUCUCUUCAGCAGCUCAUUGGUGGCUGUUGUCACCAUAUCCGCCACAAGAAAACUGAUCGUGUGCCACUACAAGAAGGGCACAGAGAUCUGCAACUACAGUUACAGUAACACAAUCCUGGCAGUAAAGUUGAACCGCUCCAGGUUGAUCGUGUGCCUGGAAGAGUCGCUGCACAUCCACAACAUUCGCGACAUGAAGAUCCUGCACACCAUCCGCGACACGCCGCCUAAUCCGCGCGGACUUUGCGCGCUGUCCCCGUGCGUGGAGCACUGCUAUGUGGCCUACCCGGGCUCCAGCGCCGUAGGAGAAGUGCAGAUCUUCGACGCCGUACACCUGAACGCUAAGUGCGUGAUCAGCGCUCACGACAGCCCGCUGGCGGCGCUGGCGUGGUCCAUGUGCGGGCGGCGCCUCGCCACGGCGUCGGAACGUGGCACAGUCAUCCGCGUGUUCGCCGUGCCUGAGCGCACGCGCCUGUACGAGUUCCGGCGCGGCGUCAAGCGCUGCGUGUCCAUCGCGUGCCUGGCCUUCAGCGCGUGCGGUACCUUCCUGGCCGCUACGUCCAACACGGAGACGGUGCACGUGUUCCGGCUACAGGACGGGUCGACGCAGGCGGCCGACGAGGCGGCGGCGCCGACGGAAGAGGACGCGCCCGCCACGUGGAUGGGCUGGCUGUCGUCCGCCGUGUCGGCCGGCGCCGGGUACCUGCCGGCGCAGGUGGCCGACGUGCUGGCGCAGGGCCGCGCCUUCGCCGCCGCGCGCCUGCCUGUCACGGGCCACCGCGCCGUGGCCGCCAUCACCAACGUGGCGCGGUCGGCGCGGCUGCUGGUGGCGACGUCUGCGGGCGCGCUGUACGUGUACGCGCUGGACCCGGCCGAGGGCGGCGACUGCACGCUGCUGCGCACGCACUGGCUGCUGGACCCGCGCGCCGCCACGCCGCACGAAGCGGCGGAGCUGUCCACUAGCAACAGUUACGCGGGCGCGCUGCGCGGCCGGGACCCCACGCGGAUGACAGGUACUGCCCUAUCCCACCCCUUGCCCCCUUGCCCCUCCCCCACGUACGUGGCGCCCGGGCCGGCCGGGCCCCAGUGGCCCGUGCCGAGUCCCGGAGGGCCCGCCCGAGCCCCCAGGGGCCCCCCGUGCCCUAGCGAGCGCGGGUGCGGUCUGCGCCGAGUGAGUUGGCAGGAGACGGCGAGCGGUGCGCGAGGCCCGGCGGCGGGCAGACCCCGGAGGGCUCGGGCCGGCUCCUACGCUCAUCGUCCAUGCACGCGACCGGCUCGCCCCGGCGGGAGCUCGAGCGGAGCCCCGCCUCGGCGAGCGGGUCGGGCGGCGACUGACGCCGGCGCUGUCGCAGACUCGGAGCGCGCGGCGGAGCUCGGCGCGGCGCUGGAGGCGGCGCCGGCGCGCGGCGCCUUCGACCUGCGCGACCCCAAGCACUUCCCGCCGAUGCGCGCCGCCGCCGCCCCCGCGCCCGCGCCCGCCCCCGCCCCCGCCCCCGCCGACGUGUAG